AUGGAUACCGACGACGCUGGUGCGCCUGGCUCCCAGGACCUGCGCAAUGUCCAGGUUGACAAUGCCAUCCGUGCAAUACAGCAAAAGAAGCCUCUACCCGAGAUCGACUUCUCCAUUCACCGUAUGGAGGACGGUACGGAGGUCAGCACCAUGGAGAGGGUCUGCAAAGACGUUCAAGCCCCUGCCAUGUUCAAGCCCACCGACGAGCAGUUCUUUGAGGACGAGACACACACCAAGCCCAACAUUACAUUUCUGAAAUCGCACUUCUACAGAGAAGGCCGCUUGACAGAAGAACAGGCGCUAUGGAUUAUCAGGACCGGCACAGAGCUCCUGCGCGCCGAGCCAAACCUUCUGGAGAUGGACGCUCCGAUCACGGUCUGUGGCGACGUACACGGCCAGUAUUACGACCUCAUGAAGCUCUUUGAAGUGGGUGGAGACCCGGCAGAGACCCGAUAUCUCUUCCUGGGCGACUACGUCGACCGUGGCUAUUUCAGCAUCGAGUGCGUGCUGUACCUAUGGUCGCUCAAGAUCCACUACCCCAAGACGCUGUGGCUGCUGCGCGGUAAUCACGAAUGCCGUCAUUUGACCGACUACUUCACCUUCAAGCUCGAGUGCAAGCACAAAUACUCUGACACCAUCUACGAGGCCUGCAUGGAGUCUUUCUGCAGCCUGCCUCUUGCUGCGGUCAUGAACAAGCAGUUCUUGUGCAUUCACGGCGGCCUCAGCCCAGAACUGCACACCCUCGACGACCUUCGAAAUAUCGAUCGUUUCAGGGAACCCCCAACGCAGGGCCUGAUGUGCGACAUUCUCUGGGCCGACCCUCUCGAGGACUUUGGCCAGGAGAAGACGAACGACUACUUCCUGCACAACCACGUCCGAGGCUGCUCAUACUUCUUCUCUUACCCGGCAGCAUGCGCUUUCCUCGAGAAGAACAACCUGCUGUCCAUCAUCCGUGCCCACGAGGCACAGGACGCUGGCUACAGAAUGUACCGAAAGACUAGGACGACCGGCUUCCCGAGUGUUAUGACCAUCUUCUCGGCCCCGAACUACCUGGACGUGUACAACAACAAAGCUGCUGUGCUGAAAUACGAGAACAACGUUAUGAACAUCCGUCAAUUCAACUGCACGCCGCACCCGUACUGGCUUCCAAAUUUCAUGGACGUUUUCACCUGGUCUCUCCCGUUCGUUGGUGAGAAGUUCAUGGAUAUGUUAAUCGCCAUUCUGAGCACCUGCAGCGAGGAUGAGCUCAGGGAGGAGUCCUCGAGCUCGCCUGGCCCGGCCUCGCCACCGAUCACCCCGUCGGCCCCUAUUGACCCGGAGUCGAUCGAGGCAAAACGGAGGGCAAUCAAGAACAAGAUCCUUGCUAUCGGUCGGCUGUCGCGUGUGUUCCAGGUCCUCCGAGAAGAGUCCGAGAGCGUCACGGAGCUCAAGACGGUGUCUGGAGGCAAAUUGCCGGCGGGAACGCUUAUGCUCGGCGCAGAGGGUAUCAAGAACGCCAUCAGCACUUUUGAGGAUGCCCGGAAAGUGGACCUGCAGAACGAGAGGCUCCCGCCCAGCCAUGAUGAGGUGACGAGGGCCAAUGACGAGGAGCUCAAGCAGGCGCUGGAGCGUGCCACCUGGGAGGCUGACAAUGACAAGAAGCUACAGACCAUCUCCAGGAGGCUCAGCACGUACGUAUCCAGCCAUUCGCUUGCUGUACAGAUCGCGGGGUGA